GCGGCGGGUCAGGUAUAAAAUCACCAGAGAGAGGAGAAAGCAGAAAGGGGUGGGUAUAGACAAGGGGAGACCCACAGACGGAUUUGAACGUCGGAAACCCUAGCUAGCCCUCUAAAAUCCCAAAUCCUUUUCCCUCGCCGUGAGGCGGCUAGCGCAGGAUCCCCGGCGCCAAAGCCACUGAACUUUCUAAGCGGAGCGGCGGCUUCUGAGUAGCAGCCUGCUGGCCUGUCGGCUCAUGCCGCGCGUCGCGCCGCGGAGACAUGGUGCUGCUCAGGCGCAUCUCCAUCGCCCUGACGGCCGCGGUGGCGGCUCUGGGCUCCGCUCUGUUCAUCGCCUGGAACUAUUUCUACCGCAGGCGCGUCUGGUCCCCGGAGAUGGACUACUACAGGAUCCCAGAGGAGGAGCAGGAGCACCAGGAGAGGCAGGUGCUUGUCCUGGGCCUGGAUGGAGCUGGGAAAAGCAGCGUGCUGCAGGGCCUGUCGGGAGAAGGGGUGAAAAGAGGCUGUGGCCCAACAAGGGGUUUCAACUUCAUGAGCCUGAACACGCCAGCCUGCCAGCUGGACUUCCUGGAGAUCGGAGGCUGUGAGAACCUGCGGUCCUACUGGGUUGAGUACCUGCGGAGAGUGCACAUCCUGGUCUACGUGGUGGACUCUGCGGACCGAGACAGGCUGCCUCUUGCCAAAGAGGAGCUCCAUCGCCUCCUGAGGGCCAACUCCCAGCUGCCACUCGUGGUCCUGGGAAACAAGCAGGACCAGCCCGAGGCGCUCGGCGUGUCGCAGCUGCACGACGCCCUCGCCCUGGACGCCGUGGGGGACGAGAGGCGCUCCUUCCUCCUGGCCGUCCAGCUGGCGGCGGACGGACCGGACACCCCCGGCAGCCUGCAGGCCCUGCGGGAGCUGCUCCUGCAGCUGGUCUCGCCCCUCUGAGGGCUCGGUGCCGCGGGAGAGGCUCGACGGCACGACUCGUCCCCAAGGUCCUAUUCUUUUCUUCUUCAGAGGACAAUUAAGAACUCUUGCUUCUUUAAAUUAUGGGUAGCAUCUUGGACUGGUCCUGGCAAUGGUGGAAGCUCGUCUUAAAGGCAUUAUGGUUUGGUAAGAGUGAAACUACAGACACCAUUUUCACAUGGGGCCAUUUAAUGCAGAUAUCAAGGAUGCUUUAAAAACAUCACAUUUCACAUAAGAUGGAUUUAAAGCAUCACAUCAAUCAAUAGUCUUUGAGGGACUAGAAACAAGCUCCUGUAGCUAGGAACACUAAGACAUGAACUGGCUUCUCCAAGAAUUGAAGUUACCAGUUCUACUAACUUCUGCUACUUGGACACUGUAAUUGGAAUGACAGAGUUUCUGUCAUUCACAGGUGAGGCACAGUGGAGAUAACCAAGAAACACAAUUGGCUCAGUUUUCUCUCUGUGUAUACCUGUGGAAUGGGUUAUCAUCCAGUGUCUCCCAGUUUACUCCAGGUGGGGCUGCACACUGGUGGUGGUGGAGGGGAUCCCCAUUACCUGUAAAGCGCUUUGAGUGGAGUGUCCAGAAAAGCGCUAUAUAAGUGUAAGAAAUUAUUAUUAUUAUUUACUCAGGUGGUGCCUUGCAGAUGGAGCUCGGAUGCUGGUUACCAAUUCUCCCAGUCUAAUAACACUCUGCUUGAGUUGUUAAACACUGUAGAUUUUGAUAAGAGCAAUCACUUAUUGGUGCAUAGAGGUUUUUUUUACUUAAAGUUUUUAUUACAUUUGUCAUGUUUUUUUUACUUCCAUUAUUUAAAAGGUUAUAUUUUACUAUAUAUCAUGCAAUGUUAGGGACUUCAGGAUCCAAUAUGCAAUGAGAAAAGUAUAUAUACUAUUUAACAUUAAAGCUGUUGUGCUUUCAUGUUCCAAUUUGCACAUGCAAACUCUGUGCAAGUUGCACCUUUUAGGAAUUCCUAAUUGUGCACAAGCACUAAUUGUGUUUCCAGAACUACAGUCUGCUUCUCAUCCAAGUCAUUGGAAUAUCACCACGACAGUUCCUCUCCAGUUUGCAUUCUUAUUUUUUCUCCAACGUGAUGAUCCAGGGAGAGGUUUCGCAGCACGCUAGUGCCCCCCAGUUACUGGAUAACUGUUCAUGUUCAUGUGGGUUUCCUCCCACAGACGGAAGACAUGCGGGUGGGUUAAUUGGCUUCUGGGAAAGAUUGCCCUG